AUGUCUCUCCUUUGGACUUUGGCUGUUUUAAUCACGGUGGUUUCAGAAGGGACUCUUGGAUUACCCAUUAACCAGACAGAAGACAUGGUGUCUGUCACCGAAGGAGACCAUAUCAUUCUUAAAUGUAUCUACGAUACAAAUGUGGAUUAUCUGUUUUGGUACAUUCAACACCCUGGCCAGCCUCCAAAACUCUUUAUGAGGGAGUUGGGAAGUGAUCCUUCAGAUGAGGGACGUGUCCGAAAUUUCAAUGUCGCAAAGAACAAAAACAUGAGGACCUUCAACAUGGAGAAAUCAGCCAGCCAGAUGACCGAUGCUGCUGUCUAUUUCUGUGCUGGGAGAGACACAAUUCAGCUUGCUUCAAGUAGAUCCAGUCUAGCUCUCUACAGUUUCCUCACCAUGAUCUCUGCGCUGGCAUUGAUUAUGUUACUGACCUUCACUUCAGAUCUUGAGCAUUCUCCUCCUUCCAUCUAUGAACUGAGGCCAGAUGCUUCUGCUGUCAGAGAAAAGAAAGACAAAGCUGCCUGCCUCUUCACUGACUAUUUUCCCAAUCCACUCAAAGUAAAGAGCAAGGAAGGGGAGAAGGAGGUGGAGGUCAAUGGUUCGGUGGUUGUCGUCAAAGAAGAGGAUGCUGAGAAGGGAACCGGCAGCUAUGGCAUCGUUCUCUGGGGUGACAAGGAUGACAAUUUUCAUUGUGCUGCUUCAGACAAAAAUGGAAAAAAAUUUGUAUCAGACACAGCAGAUCCUGGCACCUGUAUAGCAGAGAGUGGGGACAAUGAAACAGGAAUAAGACUAAACCUCCUUUCUCUGACGGUGCUGGGACUGAGAGUUGUUUUCCUCAAAAGUGUGGCCUUCAACCUCCUGCUCACUUUCCGCUUGUGGUCCAGGCGAGGUUGAUGAUGAAAGAAAAAAAAAAAGGUGACUGUAUCUAGGAUGCUGAAAAGAAGAAACCCCUGGAAGAUACCCAUCCACCUGGGAACAAACAUAAAGAACAGCACUCGUACUUGAUUGGAAAGAACCAUGCUACAUCAUUCCUACAUUUCUAUGCCAGCUACAGAGACUGUAUCUUAUUCUGGAAAGGGAAAACUUCACCUUCUGAAUUUCUCCUUGUAUUCCAAGCAGGGAUGGAAGUGGAAUUGGCAAACUGGAAUCCUCCUUUAUUCUAUUUUAUCACGCUACCUUCUGAUUAUUACCUACCAAAGUUUUUUGUAUUUUACUCAGUAUUAAAAAAGAUGUGUAUAUUCAUAUUCUUGAGUUGGUUACUUUUGUCAUUGUCUCCUGCCUUCAGGCUUACAAGCUAAAAGACACAACAUGAAAAGAGAGUGGGAGAAAGGAGGGGAAAGGCUGGAAAGGUGUGUAGACUAGCAGGGCUUACUCUGCAAUGAAGAUAUAUCACCAUCUUUGGACUUUGAG